AUGGAUGAAUCAAAUCCCAGACCAGGCGUCAGUCCCGAAAGCCAAACAGCACCACGACGGUCCUCUACGCCAGCAGUCUCCCCUCAACAGAGCACUCGGGUAGUAUCAUGGACUCAAAGCGAGAGGAGUCUCCAGAAAAGCUUGUUUGACAGUGCAGAGCAACUCGCAAGGGCCAACAUAAGCGCCGAAACAUUGAUCCAACCUGAGAAUGCACUACUGGAAGGGACGCUGCCGGCUCCUGGGGUCCAAGGUCAAAAUGUCCAACUUGCUGCUUUAGCUUCGCAAAUAUCUUACGAAGCGUUACCAGUCUUACGAGCAGCAGCGAAAAUGGGGACUGAAACUAUCAGAAAAAUCGCCGAUGGGGGUUCUGUAGUACGCACGUCUGAGUACAUGCAGAGAAUUUCCUCCCGAGAAGAUGCUUCUGUGGCGUCACAUCAGGCCAAAACACCUACAAAAGUUUCCGUGUACACGGCCAGAGACAGCAUCGGAUAUGAUGAUGGAUAUUCUCUGAGACUCCUUGAAACUUUCCAAGAUAUUGAAAAGGACGGCACCAGAGAUGACGAUGAUGGAUAUUCCCUAAGAGUCCUUGACAUUCCCCUAAACGGCGAGUCACCAGCAAGUUGCGUCGCAGAAUGCCAUAGCGAGGCGCAAACCGGAGCCGUCUUGGCUGGCCUCGGGCCAAUGGGCCCCAAAAGUGCGCGAAUCUACUGGAGUGUACUUCCUCGCGGCGGGAACAGCCAAGCAAGACGAAAUCUCCAUGGACACAUCGAACGGAUGCUUGGUCAUGAAGUUCAAAAAGCACCCCAUGCUUCCAAUCCCUCCACGGAUUUCGGGGCCGUGAACAACCCUAUAAGGCUCCGGACGCAAUGGAACGGCGCUGCUCAGCCUUACAUCAUGGAACUUUUCCAGGUUGAAAAAUCCCAGCCGGAAGAGUCCUUCCCUUACAGCCCAGCGUACCGAUUACACAGGUUCCAAGCUCAUAUACAGUGCAUAGAGUUUCAAGAAGACAAGUUGGUUGUUUUGUGCCAGUCGUAUUUACACGGUCCAGAGGGCAAACAUGCCAGCUUGCGCGCGUGGAACCACUUUGUUUCUGAUAUGCAUUGGCAAAGAAACCCCAUGUUGGCAUUUCUCGACGGCUCCCGACCCCUAUUCAUCAAGUUACUGCUGCUUUACUUUUUAAACACGGGGCUUGACUGGUCACACCAUAGGAUCGCAGAUAUUAAGUCUGCGCGGCGGGAGCUCGCGGAUAGAACAGACGAAGACACAGAACUGCACAAGGAUGCCGGAUUCAAGUUCCUCAAGCCAGUCACCGAGUGGCAAAAAACAGUAAUGGCCAGUAGCGAGGCUUUGAUCAACAUUUGCCACGACUUGGCCAACUCUGCCGACUACAUGAUUCGCCACCUGCAAUGGGGAGCGUCUCAGGCACCCGCCAGCAACACCAUCGAAGUGACGCAGGCCUGGAAGUACGUGGCCCUGGACAUUGCUGUGAGCUGUGAAGAAGCAAGGAAACAGUCGACACAGAUCUUCGCAUGUGAGCAGCGACGCUACGAGUUGUACAAGGCGCAGGUUGAUGCCAAGACGAGCCAAAACGGGACGCUGGUGACGAUUCUUGCGGGCACUUUCCUACCGGCUUCGCUGGCAGUAGGGUGUCUCAGCAUGAAUAACCGUUUCGCAAAUCUCGGUCCCUUGUUGUAUGAUUUGGUGGGUGUCAUCGUCUUGAUCGGCGGGUUCGCCGUUGUGUCGGUUGCCGUAAUCCGGAUCUGGAUUCGUGCCCGCUCCCAUGGGCCAUGGAAGACAAAGACAGAGCGUGCCAUGUCGGUCAAAUCCAAGUGGCGAGCGGGUCUUCUUGGUUUCCUGGCCUAUACGGCAGUCUUGGUAUCAUUCUUAAUAGGCAUGUUCCAUUCGGGGACAGUCUUAGCUGUUGGAGAAACCGAAUGA